CAGUGGGGCAGAGGAGGCUGCAGAGUCCCUGGUGGGGCAGAAGGAGGGACAGACACCUUCCUGCUCCCCACCCCCUGGUCUCGGUUUCCACUCUGUCAUUUCUCACGUGCCCCAGUUCUCACUUCUCCUUUCCCUUUUGUCAAUUCCCUCAGCCAGCUCAUUUUCCCAGCUCCGCUCCCUCCGCUCCGACUGGUGAGGGCCCAGCACCGGCUCGGCCAUGGGCUGGGGGCUCUGGGGGGCCUCGCUCACCUGGGCACUGCUGGCGUGGGUGACAGGGGCUGAGCAGUCCCAGGAACUCUCGCCCUCUUCGGGCUUUGGGGUGUGCAGCGAGACCGGGAAGCUCUCACGCCUGGAAGUUCUGCCGGGGGGGGGCUGGGAUAACCUCAGGAAUCUGGAUAUGGGCAGAGUCAUCAACCUGGGCUACUCACAGUGCAAGACCACAGAGGAUGGAUCUUACAUCAUCCCAGAUGAGAUCUUCACCAUCCCCCGCAAGCAGAGCAACCUGGACAUCAACUCCGAGAUCAUCGAGUCCUGGAAGGAUUACCAGAGCAUCACCUCUGCCUCCAUCAACCUGGAGCUGUCCCUCUUCUCCUCCAUCAACGGCAAAUUCUCCAGCGACUUCCACCGCACCAAGACCCACCAGGUGAGAGACAAGGCUGUCACCACCCGGGUGCAAGUCAGGAACCUGGUUUACACCGCCAAGAUCGACCCCGAGGCGGCCCUGGACAAGGCCUUCAAGAAGCAGCUGCUGACCAUCGCCAGCCACCUGGAGAACAACCAGACGCAGAUGGCCGAUUUUCUGGCCGAGGUGCUGGUGCUCAACUACGGCACCCACACCAUCACCUCCGUGGAUGCAGGAGCCACCUUGGUGCAGGAGGACCAGAUCAAGGCUACCUUCCUGAAGGACAGCUGGGCCACGCGGAGCACCGUCACCGCCUCGGCCGGCGUGGCCUUCCACAGCAUCGUCAAUGCGGGAACCAAGGAAUCCCUGGACGUCAGCUCGGGCUUCACCAAGCAGUACCUGGACAACCGCACCAACUCCAGGGUGGAGAGCAUCGGUGGGACCCCCUUUUACCCAGGCAUCACGCUGAAGACGUGGCAGGAGAGGAUUCAAAACCAGCUGGUGGCCCUGGACCGCUCGGGGCUGCCCCUGUACUACUUCAUCAAGCCGAGCGCGCUGCCGGAGCUGCCGGUGCCCACGGUGCGGAGGGUGGCCCGGCGGGUGGAGCUCGCCAUCCGCCGCUACUACACCUUCAACACCGCCCCGGGCUGCACCGACGCCUCCUCGCCCAACUUCAACUUCCACGCCAACACCGACGACGGCUCCUGCAAGGGCACCAUGGCCAACUUCACCUUUGGGGGAGUCUUCCAGGAGUGCGUGGGCCUGGGCGGUCCCGACACCGGCGCGCUUUGCCGGGCGCUGGAGCAGAGGAACCCCCUCACCGGGGCCUUCUCCUGCCCCGCCGGCUACACCCCGGUGCUGCUGGGCGUGCAGGAGCGGCAGGAGGGUCACAGCCACCUGGAGUGCCACAACAAGUGCACCCUGGGCAUCUUCUGCCACCGCAAGUGCCAGGACGUCUUCUGGCUCUCCCGGGUGCAGUUCAGUGCCUACUGGUGUGCCGCCAAUGGGCCGGUGCCUCCGAACUCGGGAUACCUCUUCGGGGGGCUGUUCAGCACCCACGGCGCCAACCCCAUCACCGGAGCCCCGUCCUGUCCCUCGGAGUUCUUCCCACUGAAGCUCUUCGGCGAGCUCAGAGUGUGCGUGAGCCAGGAUUACGAGGCGGGGGCCACGUAUGCGGUGCCCUUCGGGGGCUUCUUCAGCUGCCAGGCAGGGAACCCCCUGGCCGGGCAGCACCGGGGCACGGCUGAGGACCCCCACGCCAAGGGCUGUCCCCCGGGCUUCAGCCAGCACCUGGCACUCAUCAGCGACAGCUGCCAGGUGCAGUUCUGCGUCCAGGCCGGGCUCCUCACCGGGGGCUCGCUGCCGCCCGCCCGCCUGCCCCCCUUCACCCGGCCCCCCGCCAGCCUGCCGGCCGUGGACACGCUGCUGGUGCGGGACGGGGACAGCACCUGGGUGAGGGACGGCCAGAGCCACGUGUGGCGGCUGGCACGGCCGGAGGAGGUGCAGCGCGCGGCCGAAAUGGUCAGGGGCGGGGGGCUGUCAGGGGGACAGGUGGCCGGAGUCACCGUGGCCGUGCUGGCCGGGCUGGCCACCGGCCUGGGGACGGCCUGGUACGGCCACCGGCGCUACAGGGCCAAGGGGUACCGCGAGCUGGGCACAGGGGACACCCCGGCCCCCGCCAGCCCCGAGCACAGCACGGUGCUGAGCGUGGGUGAGGGGUACCAGCAGGAGAUGGGGGGGACGGUGCCCUGAGCGCCCCCUCCCCUUGUGCCCCAAAUCCCCAAACCCACGGGAAAAGGAGGGAGCGGAGGGGCCCCGGGGAGGGCUGUCUCCCAAAUCCUGCAUGCUGCAAGCUGCUACCCCCGUCUCCAUGUAUAUCUAUCGGGAUAGAUAUACACACGCAUGCAGAGAGGCACGGAGCAGUUUUAUUUCAGCCAGCAACUCAUCGUGUAGUCAACAGAGCAUUAAAAAAAAGGAAAAAAAA